AGUGACUAGAAAAUGGCGGUGGAUGUGAUACCGAAAUUUCUAAUAAUCUAGACACAGUUAAAGUUAAAGUUCAGUUACUGGCUUCUGCAUACUUUCACCCACCUACCGACCCUAGGAGCAAAGCUAACCGGUUGUUCUUCGUAAGCAACAACGGCCUUCAGAUCAUGCACCAACUUCACGUAGAGCUGCUUAGAUAUCCAUGGGACAAAUGUGUGCUGGAAAUGCAGUAUCUAGAGCAUUCAAUUUUAAAUGUUCUAUGGGAUCUUUCGGCAUCUUUUUCGAUCAGACUGCUGCUGCUGGAAAGACCAACUUUGGAGGCUGUGAUAAAGUCACUAGUUAGAGUAGAAAUUCCCGCUAAUUCAUUUUUUCAUGGUCCGAUUGGGUCAUCAUACGAGUACAAGAGAAUCACAAGUGAAAUGCUAUACAUGGCUGUUGGAGUUGUUAGCAAUUUGGCUGAAAUCCCUAACUGUCGAGUGGCAAUUGCGUCCAGGAAGGAUGUGCUGGAUCAACUACUGGCCACACUGACCUGUCCUACCUACACUUACAUUGACUCACUGGUGCGUCUGUAGGGCUACUGUGUCUUGCUUACAGCCCUGAAACCCACCAGUAUCUGAUUAAAGACAAUGUUAUCCGCAAGUUUGACAAAGCAUGUGACUCUGUCAAGGAUCACACUCACAUGGACGAACAGCUGCUUAAAUACUUUUGUUGCGUAUUUUAUGCUCUACUGCUGUCCACCUCACCGGCCAUGAUCCCAACUCAUGCGAAACUACAGAUGAAACAUGCCAUGAAAAACUUUCUAGAGUCAGCUGAUUAUGAAACAAUUAGAGAUCACGAGAAAAAGAACGGGUACACUUGGACGACUGUUACUCACUUCGUCAAGCUCGUUUACAUUCCUAAGCAGAGUUCCCAGUGGUCUAUCUGCACUCCAAAGGAGGUCAUAGCCGAAAACAACGAACUAGAAGAUCUCUGCAUCGAGACUGGUGUCUUUAUUCUACAAAACGUGCUUCUAUCCAACGACACUCGAGAGAUUCUAAAGGCUGAAUCAUUGGUGGACUAUAUAGUAUGCAUGCCCUGGCAUCUGUCACCGGAUACAAAGGCACACGUAAGAGCAUGUGCUCUAAGACAGUUUCUAAGCAGCAAAAUGCAGUUACAACCUCCAACGCUUGUUAACCUGGCCAAGGCUAAACUUGCUGAAGGAGCCCCACUGUCCAGCACUGACCAGAAGAAGCAGUGAUUCAGGUGUUAG